AUGUGGCGCGUCGGUAUCGCUCGGAGUGCAGGGAGCCUUGAGCAUUCCGCAAGGCUUGCUGCACGGCGCCAAUGGCAGCCGCAACGGAUACGACCUGCGUUCAAGCGAUCAUUCGCCGACCAGAACCCCGUCGCUGGAGUUCCUCUAGGCCCCAUCUCGGCCAACAAUAAGAUCACCCCCGUUUCAGCUGCCUCCGCCGCCCAUACUCCUCCCCCAUCCCUCAAUACCGCCAAUCUUCCCCCCACUGGCACUGGAACCGCCAGUACCGGUCCUGCAGCAGCUCCUCCUCCAAAGCGACCACGGAGACGUUUCCGUAACUUCCUCCUCAGCCUCAUCGUCUUGUCAGUCCUCGGCUACGCUGGGGGCGUCUACUAUUCGCUCGUCUCCGACAAUUUCCACGACUUCUUCACCGAGUACAUCCCCUUUAGCGAGGAUGCGGUUGCCUACUUCGAAGAACGCCAGUUCCGAAAACGUUACGCCUCAAGAGAUUCACCGACAUCCGCGCGCACGUGGCCUCAACCGCGAGGCGAGCAAAAGGUGACAAUCGGCAAAUCAAGCGGCCUGACCCCAAGACUAGCAGAAGAGACGAAUGCUGGAUCGGACUUGGGACAGAAGGGAAGGCACUCUAGCGCAACAGAGGACAACAAACCUCCGCCGAGAGAUAGCAAAAGUGCUGGACAGAAGCCGAAGGAGGACAAGCAGGCAGCCGAUGCCGAAAAGGCCAAGGCGAAGGAUACCACUCAGCCUGCGUCAGGUCAGCGUAAAGAUGCGGCGCCGGCGCAGGCAGCAAAGCCAGCCAAGAAAGACGCCGGCAAGACCGACGUGAAGAAAGACAGCAGCCCCUCGAGCGACGCCUCCAAACAACCUGCCCCUGAACCCAAGCCUUCCUCUCCCGCCCCCCAAAUUGACCACCUCAACGUGCCCGAGGCCACCGAGCCUGUGGUACAGGAUCUCGUCACGCUGGUCAACAACAUCAUUACCGCCAUCAAUGCGUCCUCCGAACGAUCGCAAUAUGCCACCACCCUCACCGCUGCCAAGGACCAAGUCAACAAGAUCAUCAGUGAAGUGACUACGCUGAAAGACAAGGUCAACCACGAUGCCGAGCAACAGAUCAAAAACGCGCACACCGAAUUUGACCAAGCCGCCAAGGAGCUGGUCCGCAGGCUGGACGGGGAAAUGAAGGAGCAGGAGGUGAAGUGGAGGGACGAGUAUGAGGGCGAGCGGGAGAGGUUGAGCACAAGCUAUCAGCACCGGCUGUCUGCAGAACUCGACGCAGCGCGCAAGCUGGCGGAACAGAAGGAGCAGAACGCACUACUUCAGCAGGAGAUCGACCUCCAGAAGCGCUUCAUGGACCAAGUCAAAGAUCAAGUCGAAACGGAGCGUGACGGCCGCCUGUCCAAACUGGAAGAGCUGUCUGGGAACGUGUCCGAGCUGGAGAAGCUGACGGGCGAGUGGAACAACGUUGUCGACAGCACUCUCCAAACACAACACCUGCAAGUCGCACUCGAAGCCGUUCGAGCCAGACUACAGUCCUCCGACUUCCCCACCCCAUUCAUCAACGAGCUCGUCGCCUUGAAGGAGAUCAGCAAAGAUGACGACGUCGUGACGGCCGCGAUUGCAUCCAUCAACCCCGUCGCCUACCAACGCGGCAUUCCCUCGCCGGCACACCUGAUUGAUCGCUUCCGCCGCGUGGCCGCGGAAGUGCGCAAAGCAUCGCUCUUGCCCGAGGAUGCGGGCAUCGCGAGCCAUGCCGCCAGCGCGGUGCUGAGCCGACUCAUGUUCCCCAAGAAGUCCGAACGCGGCUUGCCAGAGGGCGAGGACGUCGAGGCGACGCUCGCGAGGACAGAGGUGCUGCUCGAAGAAGGCGACUUGGACGCUGCGGCGAGGGAGAUGAAUGGGCUGAAGGGAUGGGCGGGUGUGUUGAGCCGGGAUUGGGUGGGUGAGUGCAGGAGGGUGUUGGAAGUCAGGCAGGCUGUGGAUGUCAUCGCCACCGAGGCACGACUACAAAGUCUGCUUGUCGAUUGA